AUGCGCUCCUCCAGGUCCCUGACGGACAUUCAACAGCUGAAUGGAAGGUUAAUCGCCUUGAACCGCUUCUUAUCAAAGGUAGCCGACAGGUCUCUUCCCUUCAUGAAGGUGCUGAAGGACUGUCUUCAAACGGAUAGGUUUAAAUGGACCCCUGAGGCGGAAACCGCUUUUCAAGAAAUGAAAGAUUACAUCUGUAAGCUUCCUACCUUAGCUACCCCAGUACCCGGGGAAGAUCUGCUUUUGUACUUGUUCGCUUCAAAAACGUCCAUAAGUGCGGUUAUGAUGGUGGAACGGGAAGCGAGGCAGAUACUAAUAUACUUCAUCAGCAGGACCCUCAAGGUUCCUGAGGAACGCUAUAUGCCCCUAGAGAUGUUAGCUUUGGCUCUUGUUUUUGCAUCUCGAAGACUCAGAAGGUACUUUCAAGGGCACAAAAUCACCCUAAUGACAGAUCAACCCCUCCAGAAAGUGUUAAGGAGGCCGGAGUUAUUAGGACGUCUGGCUAAGUGGGCAGUCGAACUAGGAGAACAUUCCUUGGAAUUCAAAUCCAGAACUGCCAUGAAGGGACAAAUACUGGCCGACUUCAUGGCGGAGGUCCCUGAGGAUGAAGAAAAAGAACUUUUAAAGUGGGAAGCCUUGGAGAAGGAAGAGAAAGAGAAGGAAGGCGAGGCAGUGUGGAAGUUACUCACAGACGGGGCCUCCAGCGAAGAAGGUAGCGGGGCGGGCAUUACGUUAAUCAGUCCUGAGGGGAUUGAGCUAACCUAUGCAAUCAGGCUAGAUUUUGAGAAUACCAACAACAUUGCAGAAUACGAAGCCCUUUUAGCAGGGAUAAGGCUAGCAAAAAAGAUGAAAGCAAAGCAUGUGGAGGCUAAUACAGACUCGCAGUUAGUGGUCAAACAAUACCAAGGGGAAUGUGAGGCAAAAGACAGCACAAUGGCUCAAUACGUGGCAAAGGUAAAAGAAACAGCCAAGGCUUUCAAGACCUUUAAACUAGAAUACAUCCCCCGCGGGAGAAAUAGAAAAUCUGAUGCCCUCAGCAAGCUGGCCUCCGUGGCAUUUGACCACCUAGCGGGAGAAAUCAAAGUGGAAAUCCUGACCUCCCCCUCUCUCGACGCGGAAGAGGUGGCUGCGAUUGAAAGCGCACAAGAGACAUGGAUGACAUCGAUUGUGGACUGGGCAGCCAGGAAGGUAAGAGUCAAAGCCUUACAAUAUGAAUUGAUCGAUGAAGAACUUUACCGAAGGUCAUACCUGGGUCCAUCCCUGAAGUGCGUUGAAAAUGAAGAGGCCAAGUAUGUGAUAAGAGAGAUACAUGAGGGGAUCUGUGGAAUGCAUUCGCAGCCAAGGACAGUAGUGGCGAAGGCAAUGAAUGCGGGAUUCUAUUGGCCUCGAAUGUAUGAGACAGCAUCAGAGGAGAUCAAGAGAUGUGACAAUUGCCAGGUCCAUGCACCUAUGACGCACCGCCACAAACACCCAAUGCUACCUGUUUCAACGUCCUGA